AUGGCUAAAUUUGUAUCUAUUGUACUUGCAUUCACUUUGGUUUGCACUUGUGUUUUUGCUACUACAAUUCCAUUAGAAGGUCUUUUACCAAAUGGUAACUUUGAAGAACCACCAAAAGCGACUGAUAUUAAAAAAACUGUCCUGCUUCAUAAAACUGCCUUACCAAAAUGGGAGAUUACCGGCCUAGUGGAGUACAUCCAUGGUGGGCCUCAGCCCGACGGAAUGUACUUUCCAGUGGCAAAUGGGGUUCAUGCCGUCAAGCUUGGGAUUGAAGCUACGAUUUCUCAAACAUUAGCCUUGAAGAAAGGCUCAUUGUACACUGUGACAUUUGGUGCUUCAAGAACUUGUGGUCAGCAACAGGCAUUAAGAGUGUCUGUGCCGCCGUAUUCAGGAGACCUUCCGCUACAAACUUUGUACUGCAGUGAUGGUGGUGAUGUGUAUGCAUAUGGAUUUAGAGCAAGUUCGAGUAAUGUGAAGUUGACCUUUAGUAACCCUGGCGCUAAAGAGGACCCGAAAUGUGGCCCAAUCAUUGAUGUUGUCGCUAUUAAAGAGCUCCUCCCUCCGAAGGCUACUAACCAUAACUUGGUGAAAAAUGGUGGAUUCGAGGAAGGUCCUUAUGCAUUAUCAAACAGCUCCAACGGGGUUCUCCUACCUCCUCGACAACAAGACAUAACAUCUCCUCUCCCCGGAUGGAUCAUUGAGUCUAUAAAAGCGGUUAAACUCAUCGACUCCAAGCACUUCAAUGUACCAAAUGGGUUUGCAGCCAUUGAGCUAUUAUCCGGAAGAGAGAGUGCCAUUGCACAAAUCAUCCGCACUAUCCCAAACAAGCUUUACAAGUUAACAUUUGCCAUCGGGGACGCCAACAACUCGUGCCACGGAGACAUGAUGGUUGAAGCAUUUGCUGGCAGAGAUACACUAAAAGCGCCAUUCAAGUCCGAAGCAAAGGGGAAAUGGAAGAUGGUCAGUAUGCAAUUUACAGCAGUAUCCGCGAGAACUAGAGUUAGCUUCUAUAGCUCGUAUUACCAUACUCGGGUUGAUGAUACUGUAUCUCUUUGUGGGCCUGUUGUUGAUCAAGUUAAGGUUCUAUCGGUACGAUCAUAA